AUGCUCUUUUUUACCAAAAGAGAAUGUUCUGAGGCUCAACCAAAGUCUUAUACCGGAGAGGCUAAGAUGGCCGUGGAGAUGCUUCUCAUUACUGCACAAAACCCAGACGAUAUUAUAGAUAUUUUGCAACAAAAAUAUGGCCGCCCAGAGGUUAUCAUGGGGGAAAUUUUAAUAACAGUAAAUAAUCUUCACGAAGCUGAACCUUUUGAAUCAUUUAUAAACUUCAGCAGCGUUGUAAGAAACAUUGAAAUCGUUAUUUCCGGAGAAGUCGCAUUUUAUGAUGUUGACCAAAGACAUGUUUUAGGAAAAUGA